AUGUUAAUUUCCUUCUCCACCCGCGCUGCACUUUUAUCGUCUAAACUGUCAGUUGGGCAUUUCAUCAAACACCUUCCAUGUCGUAAAUCAUCCAACCUCAAACUCAGCCUAAUUCCCGCCAGAAAAUCCACGCUUUCAUUCCCAUCCUCCUCCGUCGCCGACACCGCUUUUCCGGCCGCCUCAUCCGCCGACGCCGUAGAUGCCCCCCACUUCCAGACCUUGAGCUCUCACCAACAGACUCAAAUUCGCCUUUACAUCGAAUCUCUCCUCCAAUGGAACCAGAAAAUGAAUCUCACGGCCGUGAAGGAGGAAAAUGAGAUCAUGGAAAGGCACGUCGAGGACUCGCUGGCCAUCUUGAAUCCAGUUCGAGAAGCGUAUCUGUCCCGUUGUGGCGAUUCUUUCGACAAACUGAAUGUAGUUGAUGUUGGGAGUGGGGCUGGGCUCCCUGGGUUGAUUCUAGCCAUUGCUUGCCCAGGUUGGGAGGUGACUCUGUUGGAGUCCAUGAACAAGCGCUGCGUCUUCCUGAAGCAUGUGGUCGACCUAAUUGGCCUCCAAAAUGUGCGAAUUGUUCGAGAUCGAGCUGAGAAUGUAGGGCAUGGUAUUGACUUCAGAGAGAGCUUUGACAUUGCAGUUGCUAGGGCAGUAGCAGAAAUGAGAAUUCUCGCUGAAUACUGUCUCCCUUUAGUUCGGGUUGGUGGUCUGUUUGUGGCAGCAAAGGGUCAUGAUCCUCAGGAAGAAGUUACCAAAGCUGUAAAAGCUAUUCAUCUGAUGGGUGCUUCUCUCCUGAAAACAUGCUUUGUGGAAUCACACAGCAAAUAUGGACAAAGAACGGCCAUUGUAUGCCUAAAAGACGGUUCUACGCCAAGAAAAUAUCCCCGUUCUCCAGAAUUAUCCUAUGUCGAUUUGAGUAAUCAGCUCCACUUAGUCGGCCACGUUUGCGCUGACAUGUUGAUCAUAUCGGGUUUCAUCUAG